GCACGAUGUUGAUUGGCUGAAUGUGUCAUUAAAUAAGCUUGUUAGGAACGAGCGAUACAGUCGACAGUUUGCCAGCUUUAAAGAUAACCACUGGUUGUGCAUAACUGGGAGAAAAACGUAGAUUGCGGUUGUUCAACUUGGAGCAAACUACAGAUUGCAGUUGUGUGACAAGGAAGAAACUACAAGUAGUACUAUUUAGCGUGGGGACAUAUUCUAUCGAAAGGUUUGUUUAUUCCUAAACAGACAAAGAGACCGACAUGCCUCAACUUCAACGAUACAGGGCUGUGGUAGUCGGUAAGACGGGCGUUGGGAAGAGUUCGUUAUGUAAUCGCAUUGCCAACAACAACUUCUUCAGGACGGGUACAAGUAUUUCAUCCGUGACCAGGAAUCCACAAAAGGUAGUGGUGCAAUUAAAUGAUAUGCAAGUCUGUGAAUUCACUGACAUGCCUGGAUUGUUUGAUACCUAUCGGACUCCAGAAGAGAUGGAGAAGAUACUUGGUAGCUGUGUAGAACUAUCUCUGCCCGGUCCUCAUGUAUUUGUGUACGUUAUCACCAUCGCCUCCAGAUUUACUGAAGAAGACAGACAAACUCUCCUGAAACUAAGCCAAAUAUUUGGAGACGAUGUUUUCAGAUACAUGCUGGUCAUUUUCACCUCCAAAAAUAACCUGAACCAUUCCAGUCAAAGUGAAAGCCAGUAUAUUGCAGACUUUGUAUACAACCUAUGUCGUCCAGGACAAGCCCAGUCGCAACAUAUUGGGUAUUUGAUAGGUGCUUUGAAUGAAGGAAGGUACGCAUUUAUUGAAUGUUAUGGCUCAGAAAGCGCAAGUCGACCAGAUGUAAUUGGUGUUUACACGAAGAUUAAUCAGAUAAUAACAGCAAAUCAGGGUGGACACUACACAAGCCAAAUGUAUCAGGAUGCCGUCAGAAACCUGGUUUGGGAAGAACGUAAAUCAAAUCUGAGGACAUGUGGAAAAUAUGCUGUGGCUGGGUUAGCUGGUGCUGCUGUGAUAACAGGUGGUUAUUUCGCUUGGCCUUAUGUCUUCGGCACCACCGCACCUGCAGCAGUGGGACCCGGUGCAGCGACUGGAAAAGCGGCUGCUGGCGCCGGUGUAUUGGCGACUGGAAAAGCGACUGCUGGCGCCGGUGUAGUGGCGACUGGGGAAGUGGCUGCUGGAACAGGUGUAGUGGCUGGGGAAGUGGCCGUUGGAACAGGUGUAGUGGCUGGGGAAGUAGCUGUUGGAACCGGUGUAGUGGCUGGGGAAGUUGCUGUUGGAACCGGUGUAGUGGCCGGGGAAGUGGCUGUUGGAACCGGGGUAGUGGCAGGGGAAGUGGCUGUUGGAACCGGUGUAGUGGCCGGGGAAGUGGCUGCUGGAACCGGUGUAGUGGCUGCCGUGGCAGGAGCUGGGGUGGCCGCUGGUUUGAUGAGAGCCCAAAAUGAAAGUCAGAACAGUGAAGAACAUUACAACUCUUAAAUCCAGUCGCCACGAGAUCCUCUAACUUUACGUAUGGGGUAGAUAUUUAUUUCACUACUUAGAUGCAACAUCCCGUCGAUCGCCAUUUCCGUCAAUUACAAUAAAAAUGUUAUUUUUAUA